AUGGAAGACUUCCUUCAACAUUUUGUGCAACGAAAACACUUCACCCACAGGAAAACGUGGUUCCAAUACCGAUCGGAUACCAACACCACCUACAGAUCCCGCUGCGACUACAUUCUGGGCACCGAUCGACGCCUCUUUGAAUCCAUCAGCAUCAAGAACCCCCGGCACUACACCUCGGACCAUUACAUGCUGAUGGCCCGCUACUUGGUCAAGCCCACCCGGAGUCAUAAACGCUACCUGAAAGGUCGCAAACAAUUUCCUCUCAACUUUGCCAAGUUUGGCCCACUGCGGAAAGCUGACACCCUAUUUGAACAAGUUCUAGCCCAGUGUCCCCCUCCGGAACUACAGACCCGCAAGAAGCGUCCCAAUUGGAUUGCCCCCGAUACACUGAAAGUUAUGGACACGCGCUGCUCCCUACGGCGCAACCCUAACCACGACAAAGCAGAAGCCAGACGCCUCACACGACAAAUCAACUCUCUGCUGAAACGAGAUCGACAGCGACGCACUGAAGCUGCUGGCCAAGAAAUUCAAGCCCACCUUGAAGGCCCUUCGAAGGACUUGCAGGCAUCCUAUGGUGUGCUCAAAACCUGGUACCGGCAUAUGGGAGACCGGCCUCAAAAGCCCAGCCGAAAAGACCUUACAAAAGUGGUUGAUGAUUUCAAAGCUUUGUAUACCGCCGAAACUCCAUGCCCUCCGGGAGACCCAGUCCCUGUCCUUGCUACCCCAGCCAACAUUCGCGAUGACAUUCCGGAUGAAGAAGAAAUCAAAGCCGCCACGUUGAAGCUACGCAACCAUCGAGCCGCUGGUCCGUCCAAACUCACUGCAGAUACGUUCAAAGAAUGGAUUAAGCGAGCGUUUCCAGAGGAGUUCCACCGAAGCUCUCGUAAUUCAGAUGACAAACCACCACCAGCAGAACCGGAGCAUUGGAACAAAUUAGUUGAGCUCGUCCAGUACAUUUUCAGAACAGGCGAAAUUCCAACCAAGCCGUCCUUCCGAAGCCAGAUGGCGGAGCUCGGGCGCGGAACUGGCACUGCCAUAAUUGAAGCUAAACUGCAACAAGAGCUGGCACACAUUCGCGGAAUUCCACUGUUUCAAAUUUUUCUAGAUUUGAAGAAAGCUUACGACAACAUUGACCGUCCCCGCUUAAUUGAGACUCUACGACAAUACGGAGUUGGACCACGCUGCCUGAGUCUUCUGGAAACUUGGUGGCGUGACCAAACCAUUGUCCCACGCCAGAGUGGAUUCCAUGGUGAGGCCUUCAAAGCUUCCCGAGGUGUCACCCAAGGUGGAAUCCCGUCCCCUACAAUAUUCAAUAUUGCCGUCGAUGCCGUCCUUCGAGAGUGGCUCGCCACCGAGGUUGACGACAACGGAGAUAUUGCUGAGGAAGGAUUUGGAGUUACUGUUGCUGAUCGGCUAACUUUGUUUUACGCUGAUGACGGUCUUCUUUCGGCCACUGCCGCACCUUGGCUGCAGAAUGCUCUGGACAUUCUCAUUGGCGUCGUAUGA